AUGACUACAAAGUCCGAGGGUUUCGCCAAAGCCAAUGACGAAAAGUAUGUGAAAUUUACUAAAAACCAUUUGGUGCGGACGUACCCGAAGGGCACCCGAACCGCCUCCAGUAACUAUAACCCUAUCCCCCAUUGGAUUAUGGGCUCACAAUUGGUGGCACUUAACUAUCAGACGCCCGACAAACCAAUGCUCCUCAACGAAGCCCUGUUCGCAAUGAAUGGCAAAUGCGGUUACGUUUUGAAAUCAGAUUAUCUCAGGAAAGGCCAAUUGAACGAUACGAAUGACCGCAGUUUGACCACAAAUGCCGGCAAAAUAAAAAGUUUAUCCAUAAAACUUUUAAGCGGUCAACACAUUCCCAAACCGGGCAAUUCACAGGACGGGGAGGUUGUGGACCCGUAUGUGAAGUUUCGUGUGUACGGACACCCGUUGGACAACAAUUGGAAGUCCACAACAGCUCCCGUCAAAAAUAAUGGUUUUAAUCCUGUGUGGAAUGAGUCGCCCAUUGAGUUCAUAAUAAGAUGCCCUGAAAUGGCGUUCAUAUACAUCGCGGUUAAAGAUCACUCGGCGACCGGAAAGGAUGUACUUCUCGGCCAAUAUAUGCUCGCAUUCCCGGCUAUUAUGGAAGGCUAUCGUACCAUAUAUUUGGUGGACAGCGAUCAUCAGUCCUUAAGUCCGGCCUCUCUUUUAGUGCACAUCGCUAUCAAAGAUGCGGCGAAUGAAUCGAUUCCUGAAUAGAUAUCAUCUAAAUAUAAGAUA